AUGGCGGGUUUGCCCAGGAAACUCAUGGGUCUGCUGCUCCCCCUAUUCUUCGCCUUCUGUGUCGUUUGGGAGUUUGUCAUUCCGCUCACCACCCUCUGGACAUGGCGUCUUGCGCUCGCCACGACCUUUGCUCAAGUGCACCAUCUACUCUCCCUACGCCUAUCUGUGACCUGCAUCCCUGCUUCAAUUGCGCUCUGGGCUACAUUUGUACGCUGGGUUGCACCGUUUGCUGUAGCUCCAUAUGUGUGCUGGGUUCAACGCCUGGUUACUUGGAGUGAGAGCCAGGAGUUUUGGUUACUUGAUGCCUUCCAGGUCCUAGCGAUAUUGGCUGUUGAAGUUUCCUUGGCGGUUAUUAGAAGAAAUGUGGUAAUAGUUGACAUGGCCCUUGCUUGUAUAUUUUGUUUUGUCCCAUUUUCAUUGGGAAGGAUAAUUCUAUGGUCAACAUCAUGUCUCAGCUUUGGCAAUGUGGAUGAAGUCAAUUCUUACACUUCAACAACUUCUACCCUUCUAAUUGGAUAUGAACUUAUCUUUAAGGUGGGUGCAAGUUUUGCUGUGGUGCAUACUUAUCCGUACUUGAGGGGCGAGCGCCUUGUGGUCACAAUUUUCUUUAGAAGAUUGUAUGGUAUAUUCUUCAGAGGGAUCAUAAAAUUAACCAGAGUUGCCAAUAUUUCUCUUAAUAUCCUAUACAACGUGAUAAUAUACCCAUUGUUCUUCGGCUGGUCGCUUGAUAUCUGCACUUCAAAAAUGUUUGGUGCAACAAUGUCCCAGAGGUUUAAUUUUCUGAUUGCUUCAUCCUUUGCUUCUGCUGCCCUACAUUGGCUUAUUGGACGUUCCUUUUUGAAAAUACGCCCCAGAUUAUUCAGACUUCUUCACAAGAUAUUCGGGCCAGGAGUUGUCACUCCCUUUCUCCACUAUAACUUCUCCGAACCAUUCUACAAAUUUUAUUUAAAGAACCUUCUUGGUCUUUUUGUGGACACUUUCUUUGUUGCUCUGGUCAUUCUUGUCCCUAUCAAAAUUGCUGACCUUUUGGCACCAGAGGUGUUCCCACUAGAUAUCACCUACUUUGAUCAUCCUGCUAAGGGCACAUCAGUUUGGCAAGGGCCACUACUAAACUUUGCAGAGUUACUUUCUGCUGUUCAUCACAUGACGUAUCUCAUUGGCAAAACAGUCAUCUACCUUGGGCGUGUAAUGGAGAGGGUAGUGGGGUACUGA